AUGAUUCAGGCAGAGUUGCGAGCAGCUGUUUUUUUGGCGUUAGAAGAACAGGAGAAAGUAGAGAACAAAGCACCUCUGGUAAACGAAAGCUUGAAAAGUUUUUUAGGUACAAAAGAUGGUCGUGUGGUAGCAGGUCUUGUUGCAGAAUUUCUACGUUUUUUCAAUCUUGAUUUUACAUUGGCUGUUUUUCAGCCUGAAUCAAGCACACUAAAUGGCCUUGAUGGUCGAGAAAAUUUAGCUCGAGAUUUGGGAAUUACAGAAGCAGAAGGUACUGCGGGUGGUCCCCUGUUGUUGGAGGUCGUUAGAAAAUGUCAGCAGAAAAAGAUUUCAGGCGGUGGAGAAGUGGCUCCAGUUCUAAGUGAUAGCCUGUGCCCCACAUCAAAAUCAUCUGAUGGAAGAUCAAGUACACACCCUAUACCAAAUAAGGCUGAUGAAACCACUCAGAGUGAUACAAACAUCUCAUCAGGGGAAGCAAGCAAAAGAAGCAUUCAUUUUCUGCCUAAUGAAACAAAACUAGAUUCCCAACUAGAAAACAAAGACUUAAAUACCAAAGAAAAAGGUGAUCCAGGUGUAGAUGAAGAUGAUGUAGAGGGAGAUUCUUUUUUUGAUGAUCCUAUACCCAAACCAGAAAGAACUUAUGGCUGGAAAACUGAAGCUAAUAGAGCAGGAGGCCUAGCAUCUCUUUCUGAUGCACCGCCUCUAAAAAGUGGGUUAAGCUCCCUGACUGGUGCACCUUCGCUAAAGGAGUCUGAUAAUUUGAAUAGAAACUCUGUUUUGAAAGACCUGCGGUUGGUGAAUGCAAAACUGGGAUCACUAGAAUUAGGUAAUGGAGAUGACGAUGAGUAUGCUGAUGACUUCAACAGUACUAGUCAUCGCUCGGAAAAAAGUGAUAUCAGUAUUGGUGAAGAAAUAGAUGAAAUUUCUGUGGAAACAGAGGAGUCGAACACCAGCGAUAAACUUGAAGGCAUCACGCAAGACCUUACCAUUUCUCAGUUAAGUGAUGUUGCAGAUUAUCUAGAAGACGUGGCAUAGAAUUGAACAGCAAAAAUGUUUCAUUGUGCUGGACUAGAAGACUGCUGUGGACUGUUAAUUUCAGACAAUCACUUUUUGCUGGAAUGUCCACUCCCUAUUUGUGCCUUGUGUUUCAAAAAGACUGUAGGUGGAGAAGGCUUUUAAAUAUUCUUAACAAGAACUAAAUGAAAUGGAGCGAUCCCAUUUGAGUCUGACAUCAGAAUUAUGUUCUUCAUUUGGUUCAGCCAAACCUUUUACAGCAAGAGGUGGAUUUUCCAAGCAGAAUGUCCAUUGCUGGCAGUGGGCAUAAUAAAAAAAAAUCGAUAAGAGAACAUCUACAGAGAGUCAUGUGGCUUUAUAGUGAACUUGUACUGUUAUUGUAACAGUCUGAAUUUUUUUUUAAAGAUAACCAAAGCAAGAACCUUCAGAGAUAGUG